UACAUUGAUCAACUUUCAAAAUGGGGUUUGAUCUCAAAUCCCACAUCAAUCUCCAUUUUCACCUCAAACACGUCUUCCAGUUCCUCUUCUUCCUCGUCGGGUUCUCUCUCGGACUCAUCAUGUGCUUCUACGUCAAAACCUUCUCUCUCGUAAAUCCAACGACCCCGAAUCCUCCUCCUUCCUUCCCCGCUCCGUCUCCGUCGUCUCUGCUUGCACCCCCUAUUGUUGUCCUCUCCCCUCCUCCAACUCCGCCUCCGUCGAUUCUUGUUUUGUCGAUCCCGAGAAAUGGGAGCUCGUCCGAGGGUUCGAGCGUCAUCUCCCUUGAAGAACACAAGUCUUUGCUUCACAACAUGAGUGAUGAGGAGCUGUUUUGGAGAAGUAGCAUGGUUCCAAGGAUGUUGGAGGUGAGUGACAAGACAGCUCCAAGAAAGGUGGCGUUCAUGUUUUUGACGGCUGGUCCUUUGCCUCUGGUGGAUCUUUGGGAGAAGUUUUUUGAAGGCCACCAUGGAUUUUACUCCAUUUAUGUUCAUUCUCAUCCUUCUUAUGUUCAUGAAAUGCCUCCAACUUCUGUUUUUUAUGGUCGAAGGAUCCCUAGUCAGGCUGUGUAUUGGGGGACUGCAAGCAUGGUGGAUGCAGAGAGACGCCUCCUAGCAAACGCCCUCUUAGACAUAUCAAACCAAAGAUUUGUUCUUCUCUCAGACUCAUGCAUCCCAUUGUUCAACUUCACCACAGUCUAUAACCAUCUCAUCACCUCAAACCUAAGCUUCAUCAGCUCAUUCGACGAUCCAAGAAAGCUCGGCCGAGGCCGCUACAACCCGAAAAUGUGGCCAAUGAUAAACAUCACGAACUGGCGAAAGGGUUCCCAAUGGUUCGAGGUACAUCGAGAACUCGCACUUAGCAUCGUGUCGGACACGAAGUACUACCCAAUCUUUAAAAACUAUUGCCUCCCACCAUGCUACAUGGACGAGCAUUACAUACCAACUUUGGUGAACAUGGUGCAGCCUGAAUGGAACCAUAAUAGGAGCAUCACUUGGGUUGAUUGGUCUAAGGGAGGCCCUCAUCCGGGCAAGUUUGGAUGGAAUCAUAUCAACGAUGAGUUCUUGAACAGGAUAAGGUUUGAAUCAACGUGUGCUAAUAAUUCCUCUUCCAUUUGUUUUCUUUUUGCUAGAAAGUUUUUGCCAAACACUUUGGAGCCUUUGUUGAGGGUAACUCCUUUGUUGCUCGGUAUUGGUCCAUAACAAAAACACGGUUACUCGAUUUCCAAGUUUAUCGUGUUCAACGUUUAUUUCGAGCUCAACAAGGUUAUAUAUAACGCACACAUAUAUUUGUAUUGUUU